AUGAUCAUUAACACUCUUAGUACUAUGGAUCACCAAAUAUCUCGAAAUGUUAAAUUACCUCUACCAUCGGGACUAAUUGCGAUCUUAAUCCGCUCUAAUCGACGAGUUUACAAGUUGAUUAUCUUUUUAAUCUCAAUCCUGUUAAUUGUCAGUGGUUUAGCAAGACUCUAUUUCUCUAACCGAAAAGUAACUUUAUCAAUCGACCGUCUUGACAGAAUUUGGAAUCGAAUCUAUGAUAUUUCCAUCGGAUUCUGUAUAUUGGUGCUUAUAUUUAAUCGUAAUUGCUACAAUCAGUUCAUCAUCGAAUUAGAUGAACUUAUCCCAUCCCAAUUUAAACCCUUGGUGGGUCAAUAUAUUGUCCGUCGGCGUAAAUACCUUCAACUUUGUACCCUGAUCUCCGUUUUGUAUGAACUUUUCUAUAUGUUUUCCGUUGAACCUUUUGUUAGCCUGUUAAGUAAAAAAAUCGUCUCAAAUCCAAUGAUCUUUCAAUUGAUUGGACUAACAAUCUUACGAUUGAUCUACAGCGUUGCUUGGAUUAAUUACCAUAUUUUUUUAGCGGAAAUUUGUGUCCAUUUACAAUCAAUAUUCAUCGGGAUUUUCGCUAAUAUUGAAUCGAUCGAUAAACAGAAUCGAAACCUUUUCGAUCAAAUAAGAUUCGCUCGUUUAAUCUACUUCGAAGCAGGAGAAAUGGUCAAAAGGCUCGAUUCCUAUUUAAUAUUAUCGAUUCUCAGCUUUUACGUUUAUACGAUCGGUACUUGUCACUUAAAUUUCCUCGGGCUAUUUGAUAAUGAAACUCCACCGAUACUUAAUUGUAUUUAUUUCAUCGGUGAAACUGUUUACCUCGUUACGAUUACCUAUCAACUCGUUUACGUUAAUUGGCUCUCAGUUAAAUCUUAUACCAAAGUUUAUUCACUUUCCUUUGGUUCACCAUCAUUGGAAGUAGUUAAUGAGGUUAAUCUAUUUCUCACAAGGAUCUCAGGUCAUGAUAUUGGAUUCACUUUCUGUAAAUUGUUUGUAAUCACUUCUAAAUUUGUCUCAUCAUUAGCGACAAUUUCAUUAACCAUCGCACUCGCUGUUCCAAGUUUCCUUAAUCAUAAUUGUAUUAAUAAUUAACGAGCGAAAAAAAGUAACCGCAACAAUUAAAACUCUGUAACUUUGAUUUUCGAUUUAAUCAUCGAAAUUAAUUUAUUAUCAGUUAAUCAUACGUUUAAUCAGUUGAAUAUCAAUAAUAGUUUUUGUUUGU